AUGAAUUCUUCAUCAUUAACGAAUCAACAGGAUGAAGAUGACGACGAAUAUUUAGAAGAGGAGGAAGAAUCGUCAUCACAAUCAUCGGAAUCUAAAUCACUUUGGAAUUUAAUAUUCUAUAUAAUAGCAACACUAUUGGGUGGAUUUGUUUUCAUGGGACGAUCAUCACCACUCCGAUAUUUAUUUACUCGAUUAUUUUCCAAUUCUUCAUCAUCACCAUCAUCGUCAUCAAGUAAUAAUAAUUCACCUUCUUCUUUUUUUGAUAAAUUAUUUGCUAGUCCCUUCCUUGAUGAUGACGAAAGGGUCAGAUUAAGGCCAAUCUCUGUAAAUAGUUAUGUACACGUCUAUCCAACGUUGCAAAAUGAAGAUGGUGUAUUUGUAAAGGUUCCUCCAAAGGAUGAUCAAACACUUCCUCCAAAUGAUAUUCAUCUUUAUGUUCGAUAUGUUUACGGUAUCGAUUUCAACAAACCCAUCAAAAAACAAACAAAGAUGAGUCAACAAAUUCUUAUUGAGCAAAUGGGAAUAUCUUGGAAAUAUCCAAUCAUUUUGCCAUUGAAAAUAUUGGCGGGAAAGAGAAAUCUCACGCAGUCUUGCGAACAUUGUAAGAGAUUAUAA